AUGAUGAGCGCUACGAGCGUGACUAUUAACACGGAUAGCGUCGGUGGAACCAUAGCGUCUACUGCACCGCCCAAGCGCAAUUUUAUUCAAAAGGUGAACGAUGUGAACAAGAUGGAACUACCGAAGCUGCUACGCUAUAUGCGUCUGGGCAAUGUAAUCUGUUCUAUUGUGCAGAUUAUUGCCGGUAUCGUCGGCAUUACGUCAUUCAUUACGCUCAACAUUACGGGCACGCUCGUGUCUAUCUACGUCAUCAUGUUUGGCAUUCUCUUUCUGCUCUUUGAGUGUCGUCUCUCACGCAUGGAGACGGCUAUUCGGUCUAAUUUUGGCUUCCUCUUCAGUUACAAGGGUCGUGCUGCUUUCAUCUUCUUCAUUGGCUUUCUAGACUUUGGCAUUGGCUCGGCGCUCGCCACUCUUGCCGGUGUUCUCAUGUGUUUCAAUGCCUUUAUCAAUCUUCUGGUCAUGUGCCGUCACCCACAGUUCAAGUCUGCGCUUAGCGCCAAUGCGGACCCGACGGCCGGAUACACCACGAGUAGUCAGGAGGCUGCGAGUUUUAUGAGCAAGAACCCGGAGCUUGCGGCUAAAGCCGGACAGUAUGCCUUUCAACAGGCAGCCAACACACGCCAUUGA